AUGUCCGCCGAAUACGAUCACCUCUUUAAACUGCUUCUUAUUGGCGACAGUGGUGUGGGUAAGUCUUGUCUCCUCCUCCGCUUUGCCGACGACAGCUACACCGAGAGCUACAUCAGUACGAUUGGUGUUGACUUCAAAAUUCGCACCCUUAACCUCGAUGGGAAGGUGGUGAAGCUGCAGAUUUGGGACACCGCCGGGCAGGAGCGUUUCCGCACGAUUACAAGUAGUUACUACCGCGGCGCCCACGGCAUCAUCAUUGUGUACGACACAACGGACAUGGAAAGCUUCAACAACGUCAAGACAUGGCUCUCCGAGAUUGACAAGUUUGCCAGCGAGAAUGUGAAUAAGUUGCUUGUCGGCAACAAGUGCGACCUGGUGCUCAAGAAGGCCGUUGACACGCAGAUGGCGAAGGACUUCGCCGACAACCUCGGCAUCCCGUUCCUUGAGACCAGCGCGAAGGAGGCCUCGAACGUUGAGGAGGCCUUCACGCGGAUGGCAAUGGACAUCAAGAAGCGGCUGGCCGCGCAGGGCGGUGGGGCUGGCGGUGGGGCGGCUAACAGUAAACCUCUCCUCUCGGGUGGCAACCGCCCCUCCGGCAGCAGCAGCAACAGUGGCGGUUGUUGCUGA